AUGCCUUCUCUCCUCAUCACCGUCUUCGUGAUCCAACUCGUCUGCCACCUCGUGCUCACCAUCGGUUCAAAACCCAUCAAUGACCUGUUAUGGCAGAUCUACACGUGCCUCCCGCUCCAGUCGUCCAGGGACAUGCAGCAACAAAUCCGCCUGCGCAGGGAAGUCGUGCGGCUCAAGCGGGAGAUGAACGCCGUGAGCGCGCAGGAUGAAUUCUCAAAAUGGGCCAAGUUGCGAAGACAGCACGACAAGGCUUUGGAGGAGCAUGAUAAGAAAGCCGCCGCCGUAUCCUCCGCCCGCGCCUCCUUCGACACCAAAGCCACGGCGAUACGAUGGACCUGUACAAGCGGCUUACGCUUCGGGCUGCAAUUCUGGCACGCGAAGACACCAGUGUUCACGUACCCGCGCGGCUGGUUCCCGUGGUACGUGGAGUGGUUGUUGGGCUUUCCUAGGUGUCCGUACGGGGGGGUGAGCAUCAACGUGUGGAGCACGGCUUGUGCGACGGUGAUUGCGCUGGUGGGCGACGUCGUGGUCUAUCUUGUGCAGUAUGUGCUGCAGUCAAAUACAGGCGGACAAAAGGCGAAAACGAAGCAGAAAGGGCCAGGGCCCAUGCCUAUACCGAUGCCGGUGGAUUAA